AUGCGACGGUUGGGGUUCAGUGAGGUUUGGAUUGAUAUGGUGUUUCGGGGUGUGUCGAAUGUUUGGUACUCAGUAAUAGUGAAUGGCAUAAAGGAGGGGUUUUUUACUUCGUCUAGGGGGCUUAGGCAGGGGGAUCCGCUAUCCCCGACUCUUUUUGUUAUUGCGGCGGAGGUUCUCUCCGUCUAUCUUGCCCGAGGCUAUGAUGAUUACACAGUGCCCCGGUUCACCCAGCCGUCGGGGACACCACAUAUUCAUCAUCUGGCAUAUGCAAACGAUGUCAUUAUUUUUUGCACAGCUAGACUUGGGGAAAUUACAAAGGUCAUCUCAGCUCUUAAAGACUAUGAGGAGAUAUCGGGGCAGUUGGUGAGUUUUCAGAAUAGUGCGUUUUAUAUGGAUCCUCGCACGCCGGUCCGAGUAAUUGAUGAAGUUCGCAGGGGGACCGGGUGUGCGCAUAAUGACUUCCCCUUUACAUACCUUGGGUGUCCGGUAUACAUAGGUCGUAAGAAACGCAUUUACUUUGCCUCUGUGAUUGACAAAGUUAAGGCUAAAUGCUUGAGUUGGCAACAGCGACCUGCGCGCCGCCCAAGCAAGUCGUUAUGGACUUGGAACGGUGCUUUGCAAGCUUCUUCUGGAAGCAAUCUGGGGGGGCCCAGUACCAUUGGAGCUCGUGGAAAACUCUCUCCUUGCCUAAGAAGGAGGGGGGGUGUGGGUUUCCUGGACUUGGACCUGAUGGUUCGGGCGGCAAGUGCAAAGUUGUGGUGGAACUUUCGCACGGAACACACGUUGUGGUCAGACUUUAUGCGAGCCAAGUAUUGUAGACGGGUUCAUCCAGUUGCUAAGGUGGCCCGGUAUUCAGAUUCGCACACUUGGAGGCGAAUGCUUGCAGUUCGCGAUGAGGUAGAGCAGGUCCAAACUUGGCGGUUGUUCCAGGGUCGGGUUAAUUUCUGGUGGGACAACUGGUUAGGUUUGGGGCCAUUAGGCAAGCUGUUUCCAUUCCCAAGGGUUUUUUACUCCCGGGAGAUGUUCCUGGACUACAUGCACGAGGGUGCACUGGAUCUCACUGGUCAUGAGGAGUUGUUAUAUGCUGGGGUCCUUGUGGACUUGUCCCGGAUGGGCCAGGGCCCGCGGGAUAUCCCGCUUUGGACUGCAGCCUUGGACGGUAUGUUUUCCUUUUCUUCCGCCAAGGCCUACCUUAGGCCUAUUUUGCCCAUUGUGCUGGAUCCCCUUCUGGCUAAGUGUUGGCGUAAGCAUCUCCCUUUUAAGGUGUCUUUCCUAGCUUGGAGAGUGCUUCGAGGGCGGGUACCCACGGAUGAUGCCUUGUCUCGGUUCGGGCACGUGCUCGUUUCAAAAUGUAGGUGUUGUUCAUCCCCAGCUUCUGAGACUAUUACACAUGUUGCCUUGCUUGGUGAUGUGGGAGCUAUGGAAACACCGUAA